AUUGCUAUCCGACCACAAGAGUUUGGUCGUUUUUGCACUGAAAGCUAGAUUGACGUAGGUUUUAGACAGUCUCCUAAUUUGAUAUUCCUUGGGGGAAGAAUCAUGAUGAAGAAUUUAAUUUAAAACUGGCCAUCAAAAAAUAACGUUUCAUGCAAUUUACGGAUGCCGAUAUUUAAUUCUAACAUUGCCACCGUAACAAAGAACGCGUGAUCCCUAAAAAUAUAUCCGGUAUUAUUAUACAAAUAUAUUUUAAAAACAGUUUUAUCUUAUACGAACAGCGAAACUGACUUUCGGCGAUUUAAUAAGAAAGUGCAACUAAUGAAAGAAGUUUGGAAACAAUACCAGGAGAUCUAAUAUUAUUUUUGCCGUAUCUCAUCAACCAUGAGGAACUUGCUGUGUUUUUUGUUAAUUGUAACAACUGGUCUUUUGGACAUUUGCAGAUCACAAUGCACGAAGCCGAGUAAUUUGGAUCCAUUCUUGUCUGUGCUUGAUGGUCCAUAUAACGAGGGUCAGUUUAUAUCAAUCUCUUGCCUCAUGGGAGCCCUGUCGGGAGCUGAUUUCACUCUAUGUGUUGGAGGAUCAUUAACUAACCCGUUAGAAGAUAUCACUUGUGAUCUUGACUGCGAGUCACCUAUAACGGGACAGGAAUCACUUGGUGUCGUCGGGGGAGAUACGGCACCCUAUGCACAUCACACUGUUGUAACUUUUCAAUGUGCCAAUGACUACUCGGAGCCUCUGGCAGGACCAGAUUCAUCAACAUGUAAUAAUGGAACUUGGGAGCCAGAUCUUAGCCAGACAAAAUGCCAAGCUCCAUGUUUAGCACCUACUGGGACUUUUCAAGAAGGUAACGUAUUACUACAUGGUUCCAUAACCAACCUUACCUGCACGCUCAACGAAGACUAUGCAUUGCUUGAAUGCAACGACGGAGUUUUGUCUGAUACUACUUUCAGAUGUCCAGCUUGUUCGAGACCAGACGAUAUCGACACUAAUAUCGUCCUGAAUUCAGGCGAAGAUACAUUCUAUAAUGGUGAAUUUGUUAGUAUCACCUGCGCAGAAGGUUCAACGUUAAGUGGGAGUGCACCAUUCACAUUCUGUUCCGCAUCCGACGGUUCGUUCCAGACCACUUUAUCGGCUAUUACAUGCAACUUGGAUUGUUAUGACCCUGCCUUAAACCAAACAACAUUGCUAUCUACUGGUGAUCCAUACCCUCAUCAUUCAACGGCUUCGCUAUCAUGUGCCGAUGGAUACGGAAACAUACAGGGCGCCAAUCAACUGACAUGUAACAAUGGAACAUGGGAUCCAAGCCCAAGCUCAACGUCAUGUGAUGUCUUCUGUCUGUCGCCAUCAAAUGCGGACCCAGAAGGAUCAUAUGCUCCGGGUGAUAGCGUGGAAUUUACUUGCAAAUACGAUAACUCGAUGUCACUCCUACUCACAUGCAAUGGGGAAGCAGGACAAUGGAACCAGAAUCUAGAAUGCCCUGAUCCAACAACAACAAUAGAAAUCGGAACAACAGAGACGACAAUAGAUUAUUUACCGACGGAAAGCGACAUGUCUAUAACUAGUACAGCGGAUAUAUACAACACUGAGCUGACCACCGAGAUGCAGGAAAUUACGGAAGGAUAUACUUACGAAACUGAAACAGCUACAGUAGGGGAACCUGAAAUUACUGGUUAUUUUAGAACAGACACAACUUUAACAUCAUCGACGGAUUUUCCAACAUCAACCAUUUACAAGGGAACAGACGCGACUACAGAAGUUUUAACGGACGUUACCACGACUGGAGGGUCUGUUGUUGACGUAACAGAAAUUCCGUUUGCUACCACUUUAGAAACUUCAUUUUCUACCGAACAAAUCACUGAAUUAUAUAUCUCAACGAGAACUAUAGGAACGACAGACAUGUCUUCAGAAGUCUUAACGGACUUUACGGUUAGUGAAGGAUUAACAGAGGACGCAACGGGUGUUCCAACUGUAACGACUAAAGUUAUCACUGACCAAACAACUCGACAAGAUGUCUCAUCUAGAACGAUUGCCAUGGCAGAUUUAUCAACAGAAGGCAUAACUGACUUUUCUGCUACUCUAGAGUUUACGGAGGAAGGAACGGACAUUUCAACAGCAACCGAACCAUCUACUGAGUUCAAUGUCUCUACUGGAAUUUUAGGUGUAACAGACAUAUCUACAGGCGUCACAUCGGACUUAAGGCCUACCACUAUCACUACAGAGCUUACAGAGGAAAUAACGAAUACCUUGAUACCAACGACUGAAACUGUAAAUGUACAAACCACCGGACAAGAAUUCUCUACAAGAACGACGCCCAUGACAGACAUGACCACGGAAGUCUUGACAGACGUUACUAAUACUGAAGGUUUAACGCCAACAACUGAAUUGUCUAAAGAGCAAACCACAGAACUGGAAGUCCUUACGGGAACAGCAGGUUUGACAGACUUAUCUACGGAAGUCAUGACGGACGUUACUGUUUCCGAAGAAUUAACGCCAACAACUGAAUUGUCUAAAGAGCAAACCACAGAACUGGAAGUUCUUACGGGAACAACAGGUUUGACAGACUUAUCUACGGAAGUCAUAACGGACGCUACUUUUACUGAAGGAUUCAGCGAAACGACUGGAGUUUUCACAGGUCGAACCACUGAACUGGAUAUCUCUAUCGGAACGACAGGAACAGGGCAAACCCAAACUAGUUCUGUUAUGAUCGCAGAUCAAACGACUGAAAUACCUACACAUCCUACAACUCCACAAGAGACAGGGUCCACAUCGGCUAUAAAGACAAGGGAGCCAACUGAAAGAAGAACAACAGCGAGAACAACGACUAGCCCGAUCGAGGAAGGUUCCACUAUAAUACUUGAAGGCACUUGGGUCAUUGAGGAAAUCAAUGGUACGGAGGCAAAUUUCACGGAAGAUCUACAUGAUCCAAACAACGAGGCAUACCGAAAUUUGGCGGAAGCUUUAGAAAUGGCGAUCAGAGAUCUGCUUGUCGAACAGCUUGGUCUAACUUCCCUUAUUGAGGUACGUAUAGAUGGGUUUUCUGCUGGAAGCAUCGUAGUGGACUUUACACUGAUCUUCAACACAAACUUCACCGGAAAUGCGUCAGUGCUACAAGAUCUUAUUAUCGAAGCAGUAAAUGCAGAUGACGGUUUUGUUAACGGUACUCUAAGUCCAACCGUUUUGAGACUUAUCGCCGAACUUAUAAGAGUGAUUGAUAUAACAUCAUCGACGGAAGCUACCAUUGUGACGACAGAAGGGUCCAUUUUCUUAACAUCAACCGAUGUGGCUUCAGCUGCUACCACUGACCUGACCGAUACGGUGACCGAGCUAACGACAUUAGUUCUCACUACAGAUGUCACUACAGACAAUUCAACAGACACAGAAUUAAUUAUGACCAACGAACUCACAGGAUCAGUUGCUUCGACACGUUCAAUGCCCUUUACAGAUACUUCUACCGAUCUAACUACUGAUAUCCCCUCCAGUCCACAGACAAUUUCAACUGCCGAAACAGAGCUAACCACAAUCAUCCACAGCUCAGGAACAGAUAAGACGCUAUCCACGGAUUUGACUUCCGAUCCGAAUACGGAUACUCAAGAGACAACGUCAACUAUUGGCACUGUACAAGAUUCAACAAUCAUCAGCACGGGAACAUUACACGUAGUGACCACCACGAGCAAUAGCCAAUCCACAAUGACAGGUGAAACGUCCUCUACUAACAUAAGAACUGAUCCUAUUUCGGAUGCGACAUCCACUUCAGAGACAAUACCAUCUCUUAGCACAGGUCAAACUGGUAAUACCAUCAUUGCGGCUACAAAACAGGGUACCACCGUUUUAACUACAUAUAUGACAUUGUCUACUGAUUUAACAACUGAUCUUACAACUGAUUCAACCUCCACUUCGCAGACAACGCUACCUUAUACAUCAGAGCCAGUUACAACCCAUAUCAUCACAGGGAUAAAAAUGGUAACGUCAAGUUCGACCCUCGAAAGUUCCACAAUGACAGGGACGCCCUCUAUGGAUUCAAUGACUGGCCUUAUGACGGAACCACACUCCACUCCACAAACAAUGUCAACUCACGCCACGGAAUCGGUUACAACCACUAUCAACACUGAAACAGAAACGGUUACGGCAAGUACGACCGACGAAAGGUCCACGUUGACAGAUGGGCAUGCCUCUACGGAUUCGACAGUCGAUCUUACGACGGUUGCAGUCUCAACCCCAUCGACAAUGCCAACUCCUAUCACAAGUGCAAAAAUCUACACUACCGAGGGAGCUGACAAAACAACCGACGGAAUCGACCGAACCACAUCCGAAGGUUUGACGACUUUACGACCAACGUCGAGUGUUCAAACGACAGGCCAACAAACUACCAAAGCUUCUACGCAGUCAACAGAGAGGAGAGCAACUACAAAACCAGCUACAACAUCCAGGGCAGAGCCGUGUGGAAACAAUACAUGUGGAGCCCAAGAGUUCUGCUCAUCCAUCGGAUCAGUUUGCGAAUGCCUUCCUGGAAUAUUAAGACAAGAUAAUGGGCAGUGCAGUGAUGAAUGCAACAACACAUGUGACUUUGACACAGAACUCUGUGAAGGAAGCGAAUGCGCAUGCAGGCCCGGGAGAAGAAGGGACCCAGCUGGAAAUUGCGAAAAUUUCUUAGAGUAUUCGGUGUCGUGGACCAUCUUUGAAGUCAACGGCACUAAAGCUAACCUUACAGACGAUCUCACCGAUCCCAGCAGUGAGGCAUACCAGACGCUUGCCGAAGUCGUUUCUAACGCGAUACGUGAGCUUCUUUUAGAAAGGCUGAGCGAACAGAUAGGUGAAGGAACUCUCAUUGAAGUACAGAUAAAUGGCUUUCGGGAAGGCAGCAUCAUUGCUGAUUUCACCAUUGCAUUUACUUCUGCUUUGCUGUCUAAGCAAGGGGAUAAUCUCCAAAGUGAAAUGUAUAACCAAAUAAAAAAUGAAGAUCACUUUGCCAAUGACACGUCCACAUCUACGUCACUGCUGAUGCUUCAGAGUGCGAGUGGUUUAGUGGUAACAGAAUUGAAUGAUGGGGAGUGUACUGAUACGAGUUGUGACGAGAACGCCGUGUGUGUUAUCGUGUCGAAAACCGAGAACCCGGAUGGGUUUGUGUGCGAAUGUACUGAUGGAUUCACCAAUGUGCUCCAAGGUGAUUCAACAAGUAUCCUCGACUGCAGAGAGGACACUGGGACUACUGAACAACCGUCAUCCGGCUUAGCACCCUGGGAGGCAAUCAUCAUUGCACUCAGCACAUGUGCAGUAGCAGCAUUACUUUCCUUCUUCUGUUGUCUUGCGUACAUGCUAAGGGUCCAACGGAGACGAUAUUACAAGCAGCGGUUCCAGGACGACCUUCGUCCUGAUCCUCAACGUAAACAGCGUAGAUAUUCAAACGAUGAUAUCAUUCUACGUAAAGGGAAUUAUUACGAUGCUGGAAUGUACGCUGAAGAACGAGGCGCUGAUGGACCCAUGUUCUUUGCUAAAGUGUUUGAUGGGUCCGAAUCCCUUGGAUCCAGUGUUGACUCGGCACUCGACCCCGAAAUUGAGAGAUACGGACACUCCCUCAUGAGGAUGAGACAGCCGCCGGGGCGCGGGCCGAACGUUCUGCCUGAGACUGCGUUAGUGACCAUCUCUAGUCAUCGCAGGUCGAAUGAUAGAAGGGCCAAUGAGGGUCCAGAAUUCUCACCUGAUUUAUUGGUCAAGGAACCUGGUAUAAUCUUCAACGACUUGGCUAUGCAUUAAACCUGGGACUCCCGUAAUCGUGGAAUGCAAGCCAGUUUAAAGAUCCCAUCAUGAGCUGGAGGUGAAACCAAUCGAAUCGACAUAACUAAUUUCAUUAUAAAACUUUUUUCAUCAUCACCUAUUUAUUUUUUUACUUUUUACGAUGGUUUUUAUUACAAAUAAUUAAGACGAAGCGUAAACAGUAAUUGUAGGUUUAGCAAAUUAAACAUUACGUUGCAAAAAAAAAAAAAAGAUUCCUGUGUUAUCAAUAGAGAUGGUAGGGAGUUCUUGUAACUUCAAUAGGAACCAGUAAAUACGGUAAAUGUAUUGAAACAGUAAAGUGCCCGUCGGAGAACACACACAAAGACAAAACAAUGGUAAACCGGAACAUCAGUUUCAUCCUGAAUGUCGGAGCUGACGAAAAACUUUUAAUAUGUCAUUAAUCCAGAAAGUCUAAGAAAGCUGUAAUUUGAUUCACCAAUUGUUGACAAAGACUUCUCACUUAUAAUUUUUCAUUAGGACAUUUUGACAAUACAUUUUCUAUUUCUUGAGUCCGUUGCUGUUGCGAAAACUCUCUAUUGCUUUAAUCACACUGGAGAGAUACACUCCAAACCGACUGACGGUGUAUCAUUGAACAUAACGUAAACAAUAGAAUGGAGUGGAUUUCGAUGAUGUGACUGCAAAGACAGUUUUUUAAAUUGAUAUUUGUUGACAAUCCUUUUUGAUCUCUCUAUCAAGCAUUUAAUGACUCCUUUCCUGGUCAGUCAAACACACCGUUAUAAAAGUUAAGGUAUAUCUCGUUUUGAUAAAAUAAAUCAUGGAAGAGGGGUAAACAACCUCAUACAUGACCAUUGUUUGUUCAGCUAUCUAUACGUAUUUGAACAUGUUUAACCAAGAGUAUCCACCUUUAUAUUGGUUAUUCUCAUGAAGUGCAUUAUGAAUGACCUUUCGAUUCACGUUGAUGGAGCAAUUCAAUAAACAUAUCGCUCAUUUCUAUUCAGAACAGUAGUCUUGAUACUGUUAUAAAAUUAACGGAUGCAUUUUUUUUUUUUUGGGGGGGGAAUUGCCCUUAAAUUAAUUAAAUCUAAAGUGGUUUUAUAUUUUUCCCGGACGGUUUGAGGCCAUUCUGUUUAAAUAAACCUUCAUUUCACGACAGUACUAUAAGUCGAUGACAAAAAUCUGUCAACUUAUCUCACAAUGGUAUUAACUUUUAACGUUAAUAGUUUGCAUUACCUUACAUUGGUAACAAUUGUAUUUAUUCGAAUAGGACUAGAACCGUAUCUGAACUGUGGCAUGUUAAGAUAGUGCCAUUAUAAUUGUAUAAAUCGAUGUGACGUUGCUAACGGAUAAACUAUAUUUUUUGUUUUAAUGAAAGCGACAUUCUAUCCUUUAUCUAAACAAUACCCUUUAAUGUGCUUUCACUUUCUUCAAUGAUACGUUAUGUGUAAAUAGAGAGAUUAUGCUGCAUGCAAGAUUUACAAUGUGCCUAUUAUGUAUUCUUAUAGAAUCUAGAAAGUUAAAUACCAAGCCCCAGAAAGUUAAUAUAAUUGCAAAACUAAGUUCUUUACUAUGUAUUUUAUUUCAUAUCGUCGUCAUCAACACAUUGUAUAAUAUCAAUUUUGUAGAUUAUUUUUUUCCAUGCUAAAAAUACCAGUUUUUACUCUGAGGAUUGAAAGUAAUAUAUUCCUAUUCCACUUCUACAUUUGCAUAAUAAAUGAAUGAUAUAACAGAGUUUAAAUUUGGUCUGGUUUAUUGUUGUUUAGUUAAAAAAUAUUAAGUUUUUCUAUAAGAUAUUAAAUGAAUUGAUUCUUUUUAAGUUUGUACGUGCUCAUGAUACAAUUCAUGUUAAGAGCAGGAUACUCAUGACAAUGUUUUAUAUGUUACCAAACUGAUUUUGGAAUGAAAUAUAUGAUAUGCAAGUAUUCAAUCGUAAUAGUUACUAACUCCUGACCCAAAUUAACUGAAUUUCAUAUAAUAAAAAACGACCUUGGUUUUUAAUG